UAAUAUGAAAUUAUACAUAAAAAUUGUUCGGUAAAACUGAUCAGUUUUAAGUUAAACAUUGAUUAUAAUGUUUACUAUACUUGCUAACACUAUAUUGAUAGGUGUUGCAGGAUAUGGAAUCUACCACUUAAAGGCAGCAGAAGUACCAUUCGCUUAUUCAGCGUGUGCAUAUGGACUAUGCCAUGGAAUAAUUGAUCUUGUGUCGUAUCUAAAACAGGAAUGCAAUUUUUGCCAAAAGAUUAAGGAGAUGUCUGGCAGUAUUAUGCGUUUAAUGCCAAUAUCAAUGGUAAACAUAGAAUUCUAUUUGAAAUCUGAAGAGAGCAAAUCUUUAGCAUUCUGCCAUGCAUUUUUCGUAGUUCCAUUGAUUUUCGAAGUUUUGGUCUCUUUCUUCGCUGAGGAUGAGAGGGAGAUAAGCUCAGCAGAUACCUUGAAGGACUUAACAAUUUUGGGUAACAUUAUAUCUCUUAUAUUUUUAUCAUUGAACGAAAGGAAUGUUUUGUAUGGCGUGAUUGCAAUGAUUGAAAUUGUAACGAACUAUAGCUACAUACUGACGGAGAGAUUUUAUGAUGAUGCUGAUGAUGACCAAUCCACGUUAGGUCAUAUUUUAUUUUACUAUUUUGUAAUUAAAGCACUUUUGUAAUUCAGGAAGCAAUAUUAGCGAUUUGAUGUCUUUGUCCACUUAUAUUUGAUAUUAAAGU